AUGCACCAACUGGACCGGAUAAACUAUGAUUCAGUACCAGUGAUAGUGAAGUAUCUUCAUCAGUUAGUGACAAAUUUGUUAAGAUACGUCAGCGUAAAAGCGAAAAAAAAAAAAACGAUGGGAAGCCAAAUCAUCGAAUCUUUUGGAUAUAAAUUUUCUGCGAUGGGUUCUGGAUUUUUGAGCUCACACUUCUCUCAACAGUCAGUUCUUAAACUUCCAGCCAUUAUUGCUAUAAUUGAUGCAUCGAUGAAUAUGAAAAGCUCAUUAGGGAAAGAUUUGAAGCAAAUUGCUAGUUUGAACGAUACGUUAAUUGAAGUGCAUUUUGCAUGUCGAAUAACUCAAACCGCUUUGAUAAAAUUUGCUGACCACGCAAAUAACAAGAUAUUUGACCCAAAUUGGAAUGUUUUCGGGACGAUCAAUGAAUCCACUUUUAGAUUCACGAUCUUUGCCCUCUGA